AUGAAUUCUAAUGCUACAAAGAAGCUGCAAAUGAAUAAAACUAUUAGUAAUUUUGAACAAAAAAAUAAUUCAGAAAUAAAUACUCUUGAUUUAGUUGACGAGAAUGAUAAAGCAUACAAUUCCGAGAAAAUGGUAGGAGAAUAUAAUGAAAAAGACUUUUAUGAAUAUUCUAAUUACUACAAUGGUAUCGAUGCAGAUAUAAUUUUUAAUCAAACAAUUGAAGGUAAUACGAAAGAAAAUGAGAAUAAAUAUAAUGAUGGCCUUAAACAAAUUGAUAAUAAAGAGUUUGAAGAAGAUGGGUUUAAUAAUAAAGAUGAUGAUGGUGAUAAAGUAAAUGAUGAUGAUGACGAGGAAAAUGAUGACGAAGACUAUGAAAAAUUUGAACAAAUGCUAAAAGUUACGGUUGACCAAUAUUUAAUAAAUGAAGAAAAUAAUAAAAGUGAUAAAGAAAAAUUCCAAUUAUUUUAUAAACCUAUUGAAGUUAAACUUAGACAUAAACGGAAUUAUUUUUUAAAAUUAAAUGAAACUGCAAAUUACACUCGUGAACUUCAGAUGUUGCAACCAUGCGGACAUGAUACAAAUCUUAUAGCCCAAAAUUCUUCUCAACCUGCUGAUAUUGAGCAAUCUAUAAAUGAGGUAUCCAACAGCGGCACAUUUCAUAUGUUUUAUUGCAUACCUUUAAGUUAUCUUAUGGUUUUUAUUUUGAUUCUAUGUUGUCUUUCUGUAGUUAUUUUUUUUGGGAUAAAAAUAUGUCGUUCAAAAAAAAAAGUUAGGUUCAGUGGAGUUGAUGUAAUCUAUGAAUAUAUUUAA